GUGUGCGUAGAGUGCGUUUCCUAUCUAAUGUAUAGAAUCAAUGAGUACAUCUCCUGCAAAGUGAAUUGAAUGCGGUUUGAUGCGCUUCAAGUGUGAAAAGGCCUGUAGAGUUGGAAACUGCGUACAGUAAACUCUAAGUUUUUGCAACAUGAGCUUGAAGAAUGGUGGCAUUGGGUUAAUUCGUGGGGAUUUGAGAGACUACAAACCUGCACAUAAUCUCAGUCUAAACGAAAGAAUAAGAAAUCUGCUGUCAAAAGGCAAGACUGUUUAUCACUUAGCAUUUGGAGAGUCUCCUUUUCCAGUUGUCAAAGGUGCUCAGAGGGCACUCAAAAUGUUUGUGCAUGAGAAAGCAUAUGAACCAGUGGCUGGGAUUUUGUCAUUGCGUGAAGCAAUCUGUGAAUACCAUAAGAUCAACGAUGAUCUGGAACUGAGUGUUGAAAAUGUUCUUGUCGGUCCAGGAACAAAGCAGUUAAUCUUCUUGCUUUUAACGAUUUUUAGUGGAGAUGUGUUUCUUAUUGCUCCCUCGUGGAUAACGUACAAGCCACAGUGUCUUGUUUGUGGACACAAUCCAGUGGUCAUUAGCACUUCUUUUGAUACCAAUUGGAAAAUUACACCUGAAAUGUUGAAUGAGAUCCUAUCAAGACCAGUUCAUCAUGGUAGAAAUAAACUACUCAUUGUAUGCAAUCCUGACAAUCCAAGUGGAACUGCAUAUACUGCUAGUGAAUUAGAGAGUUUGAGUGCCGUUUUUCGUAAACACAAUCUACUGGUUUUGUCUGAUGAGAUCUAUGGUCGGCUUCAUCAUACUGGCAAUCAUCAGUGUCUUGCUAAGUUUUAUCCGGAAGGUACCAUUGUAAGUAGUGGCAUCUCAAAGUGGGCAGGAGCUGGCGGCUGGCGAUUGGGCUAUCACAUUUACCCACAACAGCUGAAAGCCUUUCAGACCGCAGUGAUGGCAGCAGCAAGCCACUCUUAUUCAUGUGCAUCUGCUCCUAUACAGCAUGCUGCGGUGGAGUGCUUUAGGAAUUCUGACGACAUAGUUGAAUAUUUAUUGCACACCAGACGAAUUAUCGCAGCACUGAGCAACUACUGCUAUCGAGAAUUGACAUCUGUAGGAGUCAAAGCAGUCAAACCAGCAGGUGGAUAUUACAUGAUGCCUGACUUUGAGGUUGUAAGGAAAGCAUUGAAUUGUUGUGGCAUUAAAACUGGACAAGCAAUGUGUGACAAGAUUUUUGAAGAGACUUGUGUAGUACUGAUGCCUGCAGGACCAGACUUUCUGCGACCCAUGGAAGAACUGACAGUUCGCUUAUGUUAUGUCAACUUUGACGGAGGCAAGGCUCUUGAAGCAAGUCAUAAACUGGGCUUGUCUGAAGAGCUGACAGAUGGAUUUCUUGAAGAGCACUGUCCCCUCACAACAGGUGGCAUACAAGCACUGAAAAAUUGGGUAUCUGCACUGUUGUAAUCUACCUCUCCACCGUCAUGCAAAUGAGUGUGUUACAAGAACAAGUAUUGCCAAAUCAAUUGUCUGUAGCAGUUGGAAAAGUAACAGUGACCAUGCUGAACUGCGUAGAUUGAUUUACUAUAUUUCUUUCACGCGACGACUUUCCAAUUAUACUAAAAAUUGGCUCACUAUUUUAUUGCUAUUUUAAGCUGAGGUGCGCAUGCGCUCAGUUUUAUUCUAGAAAUCUCAAGUCAACUGUUAUCGCGUUGGUGCA